AUGCCAAGGAACCAAACCUUCUGCCCCAUCAGUGACGAGACUAUCGGAGAGGUUCUUUGCGCCGUGGAUGAAGUCUGUGUUUGCGCGAACUCUUCGCACAUCCGGGAGCUUGCAAACGUGACCGUGGACGGCCUGGCGUGCUAUGCUUGUGAGCCGCGGCGACCACCGGCUUGCACGGAGGCAAAUGACCAGUGCACGCCAGAGGCGUGUGAAUGUGGCAACCCCUUGACCCACGUGAAGCGGGAUGCGACCACGGUGGACGGGAGUCCAUGCCACUACUGCGAGCCAAUCGGGGGCAUGGCCGGCAUUGGACGGCCCGAGUUCUUCAUGGUGCUCAUGGUGCUGGCCUUGAUCGCCAUGUGGCAGCUCCUGGGAAGGAAGCCUGUGCCGGGAAAAAGCAGUUUGCGGCUUUCUCGACGGCAGGGUGACCGAAACCGAGCCAUACGAGUACAACAGGAACCGCUGCGGUUCUACGAGGAGGUGAUGUUCAUGGUUGGAGACUUCUUCGAUUUCGUAGUGGACGGUGCCUGGGAGCUCUUUCGUGUGGCGUGGGGUCUUCUCCAGCGCCUCGCGGCCUUCCUUAGCAGCGCUUCACCACUGAAGACGGUGAACGCGAUAAGGUCGUUCAUCCGGCCGGCGAAGGACGACCUUGACUGGGACGUGGUGUCCACCCACAGGGAAGCGAAGCGGCCACUGCGGAGAAGACUCGAGGCCCCGACAGCUGACUGUGCAGCUGGCAGUGCGACCGCAGGCCUCGCACCGGUGCGGCCGUCCGCUCAAAAGGCGCCAGUACCCCGGCCGGAGAAGGCUCCCGAGCGGAAGCUUUCGAACACAAGCACCGCAUCAAAGGCCAUGGAGCAACAGGAGAAGGCGAAGAAGGUCGCCGAGAGGGUCUCCGAGAGGGUCUCCGAGAAGUCGGAGAAGGUCUCGGAGCCGAAGCCCAAGAGGAAGCUGGAGCGUCAGGCAGAGUCCCGUGCUCCAAACGGCGCCACGAAGGCGUCACCAGAGCCGGUAGAAGCUCUUAGAGAAGCCAAGGCGAAUGAGAAGGCACGAAGACCGGGACCCAAAGCGAAGCUUUGUCCCUCCAAGGUUCUCGAAGAGAGGGGCCCGGGCCAAGAUGGUCCGGCAGCCGAGCUAGGCAAAGAGGCUAGUCUUAAAGUUGACAGUCAAGAGGUGGUGGCGGAGACAUGCACUUCAUGUGCGCAAACGGAAGUGCAGUCCGAUCUUCCAAAAGAUGUGCACUUUGAACUGCCUUCCCCGUCUCCGCUAUACAAGGCAGCAAUCGCCGUUAUCAAGGCAAGUGCUGUCGAAGCCGCCGUAGAGGUUGAAGGAAAAAGUUUCAUGCAGUCGACAACUACAGUGAUGCUGGAGGAGUUUGAAGGUUCCACGGAGGGCAGCAUUGCUCCAAACGACGACGACACGGCCCAGACUGAGAGCGAGGACUGCGACAACCGCGGGUCCUUGAGGGCGAAUACUGCAGCUGCCGCGGCCGCUAUCCUUGCCGCGGCUACAGACAAGCGAGCUGCAGCACUUGAGCUGCUCGAUGCUGCUGCCAUGCCGACCAUCGAAGUGCGGACGUUCCUCUCUGAGCCGGACAUGGAGGCUCCCGUCAUGAGGAGAACGGUGAGCGACAGCGACCUCGCGCUCUACUGCUGA